CAAGAAGUUUGAGCUGGUCACAUGCUGCCCUGGGUAUGUGAUGGGACCACUCCUGAGUGCUUCGUCUGGUGAUACGUCCGCCAAGGGCUGCAUCUUGUUCCUCAACAAUGAAACGCCAGCUAUUCCAGAGCUCUACACAGCAGUGAUUGAUGUUCGUGAUGUUGCCACUGCACAGAUUGCAGCAAUGGAGAAACCAGAAGCAGCCGGAAACCGCUAUCUCCUUGUCCACAAUGAAACAACAUCGUUCAAGGAGUUUGCUGACCAUCUCAGGGAGGAGUUUGGGCCACAGGGCUACAAGGUCCCCAGCAUGAUGCUGCCCAAAGCAGUCGCCUGGUUUCUGAAGUUCUUCAACUCAGACGUGAAGCUCAUCUACCCAGCUAUUGGACGCCGCCUAACCUGGAGCAACAGCAAGAUGAAGGGAGAGCUGGGUGUCCAACCUCGACCUCUGAAGAAAACGAUGGCUGAUAUGGGCUACAGCACCAUUGAAUUUGGUCUUGUUCCAAAGAAGAGUGGCUAUCUUGGUCACCCUUCAACUCGGUCCAGUCCACCAGAGGACACCGGUCAGCAAACUGAGCAGCAGGAGACUACUGCUACAGAGGAGACCAGUGAGCCCGCCACAGCCACUGAGCCCUCACAAACCACUGAGGGUGAAGCCACGUGACUCAGCGAAACCACUGUAAAGAGAAAUUAGAUACCAAACAAUGUUAUGCAGAGUGAGUGUACUAUUAUACAUUUGGGCCAUGCAUGCUGUUGUG